UAAAAAUGUUUGUGGAUUCAAAAAAUAUUUGUGAUUUUGUAAAAAAAUGUUUGCUUAUUCAAAAAAGUUCAAAAUUUUAAAAACGAAUGUUCGGGAAAUCAAAAAAUGUUCAUGAUUUUUUUAAAAGUUGGUAUAUUAAAGAGUUAAUGAAAUUGAAUAAAAUUUUGUUAAUUCGAAAAAUAUUCAUGAAUGGAAAAUAUCCUAAAAUUUCAAAAACUAUUUGUGACUUACAAAAUAGUUUAUUUAUUCUUAAAAUAUUUAUUGAUUCAAAAAAUUACCAGGCAUUUCAAAAAAUGUUCAUGGAUUACAAAAAUUGCUCCACCAAUUUCAAAAAAAUGUUUGUCGAUUCUAGAAAUGUUCGCCGAUUCAAGAAAAGUGUUUAAUUCAAUAUUCACAAUAAAAAGGUUUGCAAAUAGUGUAAAAUAUUAAUGAAUUCAUAAAAUGUUUGAAAUUUUGUAAAAGUGUUCAUGAAUUUUUUUUCACUAUUUCAAAUAUGUAUACAAGUUUUCAAAAAUGUUCGUGAUUUCAAAAAUUGUUCAUGAUUUCAUGAAAUUGAGAGUGAUAGUGUAUCUCGGUGAUGCAGCAAAAUGUGGUCAUGGCCAUAGAAGAAUAUGAUUUUUGUUCUCCCGUUGCAUCGAAUGAGCCUUUUUGUUAAGCAUUAAGCCCCAACACGUAGAUGUAGCAAAGUACAUGUUAGUUUGCCGCGCCGAAGCUUGCGCGGCUUUAUAAAUGCAACAGCGUCCCAGUUUGUAGACAUCAUAGCCACAGGCACAAACACUUCGUUCUCCCCUAAAAAAACACUUCGUUCCGGUGCACGGCGUAUGCACAUGGCGGCUCCGGCUGACCAAGUUAGCAGCAAGCACUUCGUUCUGGUGCACGGCGUAUGCGUCGGCGGCUGGGCCUGGUUCAAGGUCGCGACGUGGCUCAGGUCGGCUGGGCACCGCGUCAGCACGCCUGACCUGGCGGCGUCGGGCGUGGACCCCAGGCCGCUGCGGGAGGUGCCGACGUUCCGCCAGUACAGCAAGCCGCUGCUGGACCUCAUGGGGUCCCUCCCGCCCGGGGAGAAGGUGGUGCUCGUCGGCCACAGCCUCGGCGGCGUGACCAUCGCCCUCGCCUGCGAGCUGUUCCCGGAAAAGGUCGCCGCUGUGGUGUUCGUCUCCGCCUUCAUGCCGGACCACAGGUCGCCGCCGUCGUACGUGCUUGAAAAGAUACACACCAUGAUCGACUUCCUCGAAUCUCGGAGAAUGGACUGGAUGGACAUGGAGUUUAAGCCUCAAGAUCCUGAGGGCAAGCUCCCUACUUCCAUGCGGUUCGGGCCGCUGGUCACCCGAGCAAAGUUCUUCCAGCUGUGCUCGCCGGAGGACCUGACGCUGGGAAGAUCCCUGAUGAGGGUCGGCUCCAUGUUCGUGGACGACCUGAAACUGCAGCCGCCGUACACGGAGGCUCGCUACGGGUCUGUGCGCAAGGUGUUCAUCGUCCUCAAGGACGACAACGCCAUCUUCGAGGGGUUCCAGCGGUGGAUGGUGCAGAACUAUCCCGUGGACGAGGUCAGGGAAAUCCACGGCGCGGACCACAUGGCGUUGCUCUCGACGCCGGACGAGCUGGCGCGCUGCCUCGCCGACAUCGCCGGCAAGCAUGCUGCUCGCAUUGACGAUGGUGUGGCGCCCGUUCCUCCUUGCCGGUAUUAAUUUUUCGAAAACGCUAACGCCCACACGUGUGGACGUUACACAACUCACCCACACGCCUCCAUCGUCGUCCAGCGCCCUUUGCACGAAUCUCGGCAUGAAAAGGCUGAUUUUGUGUGCCACGUGGGACAACUCGUGUGUGUGGGUGUGAGGGAGUUCGCCCGCACACCGGUUUCUCUCCGCGGUCAACGUUUCGCCAGUCGAGGCGUGCGAUGAAACUGCUGUCGCGCCCGCACGCCGCGCACCACUUAUGUUCCCCAUCUCCUACGACUGCCCAUUCUCCCACCCUCUCACACCUAAGCUGUCAUUUGCCAUGUUUUGGAAUGGUACAUGGCAACUGCCCUAUUUGUGAGCAUGAGCAGAUGGCAACUCUUUUUUUAUCCCGAACAUGUUAUUGUUACCACGUCUGUUUUGUAGCGCUACAUGGCAACUGUCUAGUGUUAGUAGGUGGCAACUCCUAAAGAUACCACCAUCGCCCACAUGCCCGUCUCCUCUCCCACACAUCAAAAGCUAUCAGUUGCCACGUGUUUUGCAGAGUACAUGGCAACUGCCCUAGCGCGCUUGUAAGCAGAUGGCAACUCUCUUUUUACCGAAACAUGUUUUUUGCCAUG